AUGGAGGUUGGGUACUUGGAGGUUUUCAACAAAAUAUGGCAUCAAUGUCAUAUUGAAUGGGAGGAGAGAGGCCCAACAAAAACAUUUCUGACGGAUUUUGUUAAUGAAAUCUCAAGUUAUGGCUUCAUAUCUGGCGAAGAUAUUCUACUUUGUCUUUUUCUUGGCGUGGCUUUCACCAUAUUGCGGUAUUUGUUGUCGACGCUGAUUUUCGAGGUAUGAAUCGUUACAUUUGAAAAUAUUGUUUUUUUUUACCACUUUCUCUGGUUCAUUUUCCGGUAAUUUACUCAAUUAUCUUGUAGCUUUCAAUAGUACUAAUGCAAGUCGGGAAGCUUGUCGCGAAAGCAUGUAUCAAUCAGCAGUUUCGAUCAAAAGCUUAGUUUCUAGAAGACGCUCAGUUUAGCACAUACAGCGCAAAGGUCAUUUAUGAGUUACUUAUCAACCAUCAGAGUUUCGAUCACAUAAAUUUAUUUCCCCAUACUUUCAGGCAGAUUAAAUUUUACAUUAGUAGGGAUAAAAACAUUGUUUUGACCGCUGUAACCGAGUGUAUAUGACACAAACGCCCCUGCACUUUGCAUAUCCGUCCGUGGCAGGGAUGUGGUUAGGUCGUGCAAAACAUUAUAACCAACAAAAUUAUUGACUGUGCAUUUAUUUUUACCCCUCUUUUGUCGAUUAAAAUAUUUAAAACGAACCCUAUUCUUAACUCUCUAAGUUUUUACAAGGACUCGCUCCAAGUGAUCUUUGAUAUUUGCGUAAAUAGUGAGCGUAGUCGUUGUGUCGAAUCAAUACUUUGUAAACAUCUUCAAGGUCCACUGCCUUCGGGUGUGAGGGAACUCAUUGCCUUCGAGGGCUCUAGAGGACAAUACUAAAACACGAUUCAGGCCUAAGAGAACACUUAACACACACGUAGUUAUACGACAACAAACGCUGUUGCGAACGAAUCAAAGAUGACAGGAUUAAGAUGAAAAUUUGCUUUAGAAAAAAACCCCGAUCAGCUGCACACACAUCAUCACAAUUUAUGUUUACUUCGAGUUUAAACUUGUUCAGUCUACUUUGAAAAGAGCCAUACUGCAUGUACAACAGCCUUUUUUAUGGCUUACGCAGAGCCACCAAAAUUUUGCUCUUUGAACAAGAUAUCAGCACGUGUCAGAAAAUGUAUCUUCGGUAAACAAAUUGUUACCGUAUUCAAACUCCGGAACGCUAUACAUAAUUAACCCACUGAACUCAACGGGCGCACCAGUCUUAUAAAAUGUUAAAAGUUAAUUAGCAGCACUUGAUCAACCAAGAUCCUUUGUUUUGAGAGCGAUCUAUUGUAGCAGAGCACUGUCUUAAUCUCUUAAUCACCCUGUAGACUUCAUCUAUUAUUCUUGUUUGAAAUGAUGGUGACCUUGGUGCUGUCAUCGACUGUGGCGUGUAAUCACUGGAAAGCCAUGUUUUUGUUGCGAUCUUGUUUGAGGAAGGGCAACAGAAUGCAGUGCUUAUAAAAGAAAAUGGAAAGUGAGAUUAUACUAUAAUUAUGUGCAACUGAAGAAUCAGAAUAUCCAUGACUAAAGGACUAAACUUUUUUAUCUAAAUGCCUGGCAACAAAUUUACUGAACUUUUGUAUACUUGUUAUUAUUAUUAUUAUAAUUAUUAUUAUGCUGUAUAAUUGCUUGGUUUUCAACACUAAAGAAUAUUUCUGACCUAGGAAUUCUAUGGUAUGCUUAAGCUUGAAGAAUUUUUCUGCUGCAAAAUCAAGAUAAUUUCUUGAGUUGCUCUAUGUUGUUACACAAACAUCUUAUACUGCCUAGAAGUUUCAAAGAACCUUUCAGUGGAUAUUCUAUGAGAAUUUUUGAGUGCCAGACUUUAAGUCCAUUCAAGACCGUACCUGGCUGCCAGGUAUUUAGACACAGCCAAAGGGACCUAUUUUGUUACUGAAGAGUUUGAUCCUGAAAAUUUUCUCCUCUCAGUUAAGUAAUUUCCUUGCUUGAAACUCAUCUUAUGGUAACUGAUCACUAGUAAAAAAGUAUAGAUUAAAACCCUUUUGUAGAGGUGAUGGAGUUAUUGCAUCUUAUGGCUUUAAACUUGCUGUAAGUUAACAUGGAGAACUUAGUGUGUGACACAGUUGACAACAUGUGAGUGUAUUUCAUGUUAGUAUCAUUUGUUAUGAAUCAUGACCACUUCUGUGAGGUUUACCAUCUACUUGCCACCACCAAUGAGAGUCAACAUGCCAGAGAUGGUAAAUUGAGUUGUUGACAAUCAUUGUUACAGACUCUUUCUGUUGUGUGCACUAUUAAUUUUGUACCAUCCAACUGAAAAAUAGUAAAAUGCAAGAUGUAUGCUUUCAUUCGAAGUAAGUUUCAUUAGAUUUGGUUUUGAAUUAUGUUCAUAAGAACACAACUUGUGUUGAGGGUCACAUCGGCUUUUGUUUUGCAUAACACAGAGAAUGGGUGCUGAGCCCCUUCCUGUUAAAUUUUGCCACAUUUGUGUCCAGCUAAUUUUGCAAUAAAGGGGGUAAGUUAGUUUAGUGUUAUCAACUGAGUUGAUAACAUAAAUUGGCCACUGUAGAGAGUUUCAAAGCUGAUGUUUUGAGCGUGAGCCCUUUGUCAGAGCGAUUGAUAAAGGACUAAUGCUUGAAACAUCAGCUUUUAAGCUCUUUAUGGUGGCUAAUUUACGAUAUCAACUUAGUUGAUAAUACUUAAUUUUCCAGUUAAUUUUGCAAUGUAUUACUAUAUCUUAGCAUGUUAGUUUCAUACCAUUUCAUACCAGGCAUUGGCAUAAGUCAUUUGGUGAAAUUCACUCUGGUUUCUUUGCUUGUAAACUUAUCAUAAUCUUUGUGAUAUUAUGUGUUUUUUUUUUUUUCAUGUAACACUGAAACUCAUUAUUCUUUUUGCCUUUAAUGGUUAGUGUUCCAUAAUUGAGACAUUACAUAUAGUGUCUGAGUCAUUUGGCCACAGGUGGCAAGUUGACUCAUGUAGUGGUUUUUCAUGAUGGCAAGUUGACUGGAUACCCUUGUAUAAAAUGCAGAUAAAACUAUUAGCAACUCAUCUAGUGGCAACAAGCAUGAAAAUUCUUUCUUUCUAGAAGUGUCACAAACUAGGUGGUUGCUAUUUUAGUAGGGUGUUCUCUAGCUAGUAGAAAUUGAAGAAUUCACUGGUGACCACAAAUAAUUCCCUAGUAAAAUUUCAAUGGCCAGAGCCAUUUUUAUUCAGUAAGGAAGAGCAUUCUUUUGUUUCUUGAAAGUAACACCAUUCCUUUGCUUCUACUGUAAAAUUUAUUGAGAGAAACCCUAUUUUAGACCCUGAAUGAGAAGAGUUUCAAACCAUACCUUUGUACUAGACGUGUAUACCAACUUAAAUAAAUGUAAUUUUAAUUUAAACUUGGUAGUAAACAGCGUUCUUUUACUUUUACUUGCAGCCUUUUUUCAAAUGGUGUCAGCUCUCUGAAAAAGAUCAAAAGAAGUCUCCAGAAAAUGCUUUCAAGUUUUUAUAUUACUGCUCCACAUUUGGCUACUGUUCCUACAUUCUGUUUAAUGGCAAAUACAACUUUUUCCAAGACACAAGAAACUGCUGGAAGGGUUAGUUUCAUUUCUAUGCAGUGGAGUUUUACUCUUAGUUUCUGUGUAUUUAUGAGAUGGGGGGAAGAGAACAUUUUUAUUAAGGUAAUGCAUCAAUCAAUAUAAUACUGAAAAUCUCCCCUCAAGCAACUGCUCAGGCAUCUUAACUUUUGAAGAUUAGUUGGUUCAAAUCCCCACCUUUGGAACCAAAAUUGUGUUCAAAUUCCCCACUCUCUUGCCGGAUUUGAUUGUCAAUUUUUUGUAAGAGGUAAGAUUAGCAACUGAUGACUUCAUUGUAGACCUUUUCUCCUAAGCCAUCUGCUUGCAAAAGUUACCUUUCCACUUUGAAAUUCAUCCAUAUUAAAGGAUAAAACUUGUUUGUUCUACUGGAAAGACUUGACAGUACUGAUUCAAUUCCCCACCCCACCUAGGCCCAUUAAAGGUUAACUCCAACAAACCAUUCUUUACACAGAACUUUUAAAGUUCAGAAACAGUGUUGAUUAGAUAAUCCAGAGAAUACACAUUGCUUUCAACUGAUGGUCAACUAUUCUUAUAAUGACCUUUUAUGUGCGAAAGUUUUGGAACAGCAUUUUUAGCUUUUCCAAAGACAUCGCUCUUGUAAAAACGACUGUAACAGGGGAGAAGCUGGUCUAAAACACCAUAAUUACAAUUUAGGUCAUUGUGAACAAAUUCACUCAUAUGAAAAUCGUCUUACGUGUUGGCCAUGUAAGGAGGGUAAAGAAGAGGUUAAAAAUAACACUCAGAUAUACACUACCCAAGAGGGUAUAGAACAGAUUAAAAAUAACCCUCAGGUAUAUACUUGCCAAGAGGGUAAACAGAUUAAAAAUAACCCUCAGGUAUAUACUUGCCAAGAGGGUAUAGAACAGAUUAAAAGUAACCCUUAGGUAUACACUACCCAAGAGGGUAUAAAAGAGAUUAAAGAUAAGCCUCAGGUAUAUACUACCCAAGAGGGUAUAGAAGAGAUUAAAAAUAACCCUUGGGUAUACACUACCCAAGAGGGUAUAAAAGAGAUUGAAAACAACACUGCAUUGGCAGUGAAUGUUAGGUCUCAAGCUCUUCCUAACUUGAGUAAGUUAUCAACAACUCCAUUGAACAGUCCAAUAUGUAGAAUCCUUACAUUGUAUCAACUCUUUAACUCCCAUGAGUGACCAAGAUAUAAUUUUUCGUUACAAUAUCAAUACAAUAUCAAUACAAUAUCAAUCAGACAAAUGGUGAGAAUAAGUAAAAAUAUAAAUUUGGGGAUAAUUAGUUGAUUUAAUUCGAAAUUUUUUGAACUGACGUUAUAAGAAUUGCGUAGUUGACAGAAAGGAGAAUUGCAAAUGUGACCUGGGAGUUAAAUUAAUUGUUGAUAACAUUUUCUUUCAGUUGCUGACAACAAAGAAAACAAAUAUGUGUUAGCAGCUAAAUGUCCCAUAAUGAUUGUAAAGUGUUACAAAUGUAGUUUUUAUGGCCUUUACCAUGCAAAAAAACUGAUAUUCAUACUCAUCCUGCAAAUCUGUGUGAAAUGUUAUUCAUAGGCUGUAUCAGAUGAAAGCAGAGAAAUUGUUCAGCAAGCCCAGUGAAUGGACCAGAACCACUACUAUUUAUUCACAAAGAAAAAUGUGGUGUUUUUGUUCAAGAUCGUAGCCUUACUUCAGCCAGAAGUGUUUAAUAUUCUUUCAAUGUUUGUCUGCAGGAUGGUAUAAAGGGAUGCCAGUUUCUCAGGACAUUUACAUCCUUUAUAUGGUACAAACUGGGUUUUAUUUCCAUUCCAUGUAUGCCACAGUGUUCAUGGAUCAGUGGAGAAGGGAUUCCAAUCUUAUGCUUGUACAUCAUGUUAUAGCAAAUGGCUUACUUUUUUUCUCAUUUGCUGUAAGGUAAGAUUUUGAGAAUUUCGAUUCUGGCAGGGCUUAUUAUAAUGAUGAUUUUACUAAUGAUGAGUUUUAGUUUAUGAACCUUUUUCAGUACAUACUGGAUGUACGUACAUGCAAACAUGUAUGUACAUGUAAUUUCCUUGACUUUUUGCCACCAUUUUGACAUAAGAUAUUCAAAGGAAAAAUACUGAAUAAUUAUGUUAUGUUCUACAGGUACUACAGAAUUGGUGUUAUAGUUUUGUUUCUUCAUGACAUUGCUGAUAUUUUUCUGGAGUUCAGCAAACUCUGUGUUGCUUUCAAGUCACGUGGAGGAAAAUAUCAUCUAGUGCCUGAUGUACUCAGUAAUGUAGGAGUUUUGUGUCUUGUUUUGGUAUGGUAAGUACCAUUACUUGGUGAGGUUGUUUUAAUUUGUUUAUUUAUAGUUUUUUUUCUCUUGUAUUGUAAAUUUAGCAUGCUAAAUAUUUUCAUUUGCCUCAGUCAGAAUGCAGUCACUUCUGAUUAGGUUGAUCUCUUUGCAUGACUCUUAGUGACCAGUUAUGAUGUUUUGAUUCACAGUGAAAGUGACCACAGUGUGAGGCAGAUUAAUCAAAAGUAAUAAAUAGAGAAAAGCUUAUGGGUGCACAUAGAUAUGGAACUUUAGUUAGCGUUCAAUUUGUUAUCUCAUCAGUGAGCUCUGCAAAACAGUAAGAUAUUGAGUUGAUUAUGAGAAGAGAAAUUCUCUAUCUACAAGCAACCAUGUAUUACCUGUAUUUUGUUUAUUACAUAAAUACUAUAGGCCUCUACUGAUGAGAAAAGUCAUCAAGGAACCUUUUUUGAGAAUGAUGAACACUUAGUCAUUUGUUAAUCAACCUGACAAGGAAAGUGACAUGUCAGUAGCUGAUUGGCAAUAUCAAAAACACAUAAAAUUACGGUUAUUUUACAUAAGUGCAGUUAUGACUUUCUCAAGGCUUGGAAUCGGUGUAAAUUAUAGCAGUUUAUAUCAAUAAGAUAUUACAGUUCUUACAGGAGCUGCCAAAAACCACCUAUAAUACAUAUUGAAGUGGACAAAAUAGCAUUUUUAUUAUCUUCUAGGUUAUAUUGUCGCCUGUAUCUCUACCCAUUAAAAGUACUUCAUUCUUGUGGCUAUGAUGCUCGACCAAUCGUUCCUACUGCUCCUUUUUACUUCUUUUUUAAUGCAAUGCUGUGGGCGCUAUUUUUAAUGAACAUUUGGUGGUUUACGUUCAUUGUGUGGCUCAUAGUUCGUAUAAUUAUUGGAAAGAGCACUGGUGUAGAAGAUACCCGUGAGAUCCCUAAGCACCCUGAGAAAGACAAACAGCUUGGUAAUGGAGGGAAUGUAGCAAAUGGAGAAAUAAAUGAACCAGCUGGUGAUAAAGGUGAGGCUUGCUAG